AAUACCAUCACCAGGCAUGGCGCUUCAAAUUCUAGCAGCGAUCUGCGUUGUACCUGCGCUGUUUAACGUACAAGCGGCAUUAGCAGCCCCCAAUGUGACGGCCCCUGCAGGGAGAGUUGCCGGACUAGAGCUGGACGUGCUGGGAACCGCGGUUAACGCCUUCCUGGGGAUCCCCUUCGCUAAACCGCCCAUCGGGGAGCAACGAUUCAAACGUGCGGAGCCCAAAGAACCAUGGGACGGAACAUACCAGGCAACAAGUAAACCUAACGCAUGCAGUCAAGAAGUCUAUGAAGAAGAAUAUUUUCUGUGGGCAAUGAACACACCAGUCAGCGAGGACUGUUUGUACCUCAACAUUUGGCAACCAAACCCCGUCCCUACAGCAGCUGCCGUCAUGGUCUGGAUAUAUGGAGGAGGAUUUUCCGCGGGCUCGGCUUCACUUGUUAGCUACGAUGGGAGAUACCUAGCGGCGACUGAAGGGGUGAUCGUGGUGGGGAUAAACUACCGACUCAGCGCCCUCGGAUUCCUGUAUGACGGCACCGACCAAGCGCCCGGGAACGUUGGCCUCACAGACCAGGUCCUGGCGCUGCAGUGGAUACAGGACAACAUCGCGUCUUUCGGAGGGGAUCCUUCGAAAGUUACGCUUUUUGGGGAAAGCGCUGGUGGAAUCAGCAUAGGGUACCAUCUCAUCUCUUCUGGAAGCUGGAAUCUUUUCAGCCGUGCAAUCCUACAGAGUGGGACAGCUCUGAUGGAAUGGGGACUGGAUUCCAGGGCGGACGCAUACGACAAAGCUGUGAGCCUGGCCAAAGCUGUCGAGUGCCCCACGAAGCAAGGCGAAAUGUUGGCGUGUCUUCGAAACAAGGACGGACAACUGCUCGUGAAUUCCUCAGUCUCACAACUGGGAUACACGGCGUUCUACCCUAUCAUAGAUGGUACCUUCAUUCCGGAAAGCCCGCCCAGUGCCUUGCAAACUGGCGCCUUCAAGAAAGCAGACAUCCUCCUCGGUUCCAACGAAAACGAAGGCACCUACGGCUUCGUUUACGGCCAAUCCCCCGGCUUCAGCGAAGACACGGAAAGCCUCAUCACCAAGGACCAGUUUCGGGAAGGGAUCGUGUACAACGUUCCUGUGCUGAAUGACUUUGCCGCUGACGCUGCAGCCUUUCAAUACACUGACUGGGAACAGCUGGGCAAGGAAACGAUGUACCGAGAUGCGCUGAAUUCUCUCUACAGCGACUUUUACUUCAUCUGCCCGGACGUCAACAUCGCUCGUGCCCACGUCAGGAAUGGAGCAUCAGCCUACAUGUACCGUUUCGCCCACCGUGCCUCGAUCUCUCCCUUCGCUCCUUGGAUGGGCGCUAUCCACGGCGAGGAGAUACCGUUUGUGUUCGGUCUGCCCCUGGAUCCGACCUACGGUUUCAACGAGGAGGAAAAGGCGCUAACUCGAAGGAUGAUGCGGCACUGGGCAAACUUUGCCAAAACAGGAACUCCAAACAACAACACAGACGGAGUUUGGAGUGCCUUUAACGAGACUGCUGGAGGCUACAUGGUGCUGGACACGCUCGAUGCCAGGAUGUUGACCGGCCCAAGCACGGUGAACUGUGCUUUCUGGGACAACUACGUCAAACCACUCAGGAACAAGACAGAGGCUUUGAUGAAUAAUGCAGGAAUGUCCAGUCCUUGUGAGGUUACCUCUGGGGCACCAGGAAACAACCACACAGGAAUACUUGCAACGAUCCUGGCACCAUGCGUUCUGGUCAUCUUACAGCUUACCACUAUGAAUCAUUAUUCGUCUCUACUUGGCAUGGCACUUCAAAUCCUAGCAGUGAUCUGCAUUGUACCGGCACUGUUUAACGUACAAGCGGUAACGGCAGCCCCCAAUGUGACGGCCCCGACGGGAAGAGUGGCCGGACUCGAGCUGGACGUUCUGGGAACCGCGGUUAACGCCUUCCUGGGGAUCCCCUUCGCUAAACCGCCCACAGGGGAGCAACGAUUCAAACGUGCGGAGCCCAAAGAACCAUGGGACGGGACAUACCAGGCAACAAGGGGCUCGGCUUCACUUGUUAGCUACGAUGGGAGAUACCUAGCGGCGACUGAGGGGGUAAUAGUGAUGGGGAUAAACUACCGACUCAGCGCACUCGGAUUCCUGUAUGACGGCACCGACCAAGCGCCCGGGAACGUCGGCCUUACGGACCAGGUCCUGGCGCUACAGUGGAUACAGGACAACAUCGCAUCUUUCGGAGGGGAUCCUUCGAAAGUCACGCUUUUUGGGGAAAGUGCUGGUGGAAUCAGUAUUGGGUAUCAUCUCAUCUACCCUGGGAGUUGGAAUCUUUUCAGCCGUGCGAUUCUACAGAGUGGGACAGCCCUGAUGGAAUGGGGACUGGAUACCAAGGCAGACGCGUACGACAAAGCUGUGAGCCUGGCCAAAGGUCUCGGAUGCCCCACAGAGCAAGGCGAAAUGCUGGCGUGUCUUCGAAACAAGGACGCGCAACUGCUUGUGAAUUCCUCAGUCUCGCAACUGGGAUACACUGCACCUAUCCUAGAUGGUAGCUUCAUUCCGGAAAGCCCGCCCAGUGCCUUGGAAACUGGUACAUUCAAGAAAGCAGACAUCCUCCUCGGUUCCAACGAAGACGAAGGCACCUACGGCUUCGUUUACGGCCAAUCGCCCGGCUUCAGCGAAGACACGGAAAGCCUCAUCACCAAGGAACAGUUUCGGGAAGGGAUCGUGUACAACGUUCCUGUGCUGAAUGACUUUGCUGCUGACGCUGCAGCCUUUCAAUACACCGACUGGGAACAGCUGGGCAAGGAAACGAUGUAUCGCGACGCACUGAAUUCUCUCUACAGCGAUUUUUACUUCAUCUGCCCGGACGUCAACAUUGCACGUGCCCACGUCAGGAACGGUGCGUCGGCCUACAUGUACCGUUUCGCCCACCGUGCCUCGAUCUCUCCCUUCGCUCCUUGGAUGGGCGCUAUCCACGGGGAGGAGAUACCGUUUGUUUUCGGCCUGCCCCUGGAUCCGACCUUCGGUUUCAACGAGGAGGAAAAGGCGCUAACUCGAAGGAUGAUGCGGCACUGGGCAAACUUUGCCAAAACAGGAACUCCAAACAACAACACAGGCGGAGUUUGGAGUGCCUUUAACGAGAGUGCUGGAGGCUACAUGGUGCUGGACACCCUCGAUGCCAGGAUGUUGACCGGCCCGAGCACGGUGAACUGUGCUUUCUGGGACAACUACGUGAAACCACUCAGGAACAAGACAGAGGCUUUGAUGAAUAAUGCAGGAAUGUCCAGUCCGUGUGAGGUUACCUCUGGGGCACCAGGAAACCACCACACAGGAAUACUGGCAACGAUCCUGGCACCAUGCGCUCUGUAUCUUAAUCUUGUAGAUUAUAGUACUCCAGAUCAACUUGCUGUUUACAGGACAAUGCCAUCACCAGGCAUGGCGCUUCAAAUUGUAGCAGCAUUCUGCAUUGUACCGUCACUGUUUAACGUACAAGCGGUAACGGCAGCCCCAAAUGUGACGGCCCCGGCAGGGAGAGUUGCCGGACUAGAGCUGGACGUGCUGGGAACCGCGGUUAACGCCUUCCUGGGGAUCCCCUUCGCUAAACCGCCCAUCGGGGAACAACGAUUCAAACAUGCGGAGCCCAAGGAACAAUGGGAAGGGACAUACCAGGCAACAAAUAAACCUAACGCAUGCAGUCAAGAAGUGUAUGAAAAUGACCCUAAUCUGUGGGGCAUGAACACACCAGUCAGCGAGGACUGUUUGUACCUCAACAUUUGGCAACCAAACCCCGUCCCUACAGCAGCUGCCGUCAUGGUCUGGAUAUAUGGAGGAGGAUUUUCCAGGGGCUCGUCUUCAUUUCCCAUCCACGAUGGGAGAUACCUAGUGGCAACUGAAGGGGUUAUAGUGGUGGGGAUAAACUACCGACUCAGCGCCCUCGGGUUCCUGUAUGACGGCACUGACCAAGCGCCCGGGAACGUUGGCCUUACGGACCAGGUCCUGGCGCUACAGUGGAUACAGGACAACAUCGCGUCUUUCGGGGGGGAUCCUUCGAAAGUUACGCUUUUUGGGCAAAGCGCUGGCGGAAUCAGCGUUGGGUACCAUCUGCUGUCUCAUGGCAGCUGGAAUCUUUUCACCCGCGCGAUUCUACAGAGUGGGACCGCCCUGAUGGAAUGGGGACAAGACUCUAGGGCGGAUGCGUACGACAAAGCUGUGAGCCUGGCCAAAGCUUUCGGGUGCCCCACGAAGCAAGGGGAAAUGCUGGCGUGUCUUCGAAACCAGGACGGACAACUCCUCGUGAAUUCCUCAGUCUCGAAAUUGGCGUUCUUCCCUGUCCUAGAUGGUAGCUUCCUUCCGGAAAGCCCGUCUGUUGCCUUGGAAACUGGUGCAUUCAAGAAAGCAGACAUCCUCCUCGGUUCCAACGAAAACGAAGGCACCUACCUCGUUUACGAGCAGUCAUCCGACACGGAAGGUAUCAUCACCAAGGACCAGUUACGUGAUGGGAUGGUGCAAAACCUUCCGAUGUUGAAUGAGUUUGCUGUUGACGCUGCAGCCUUUCAAUACACUGACUGGGAACAGCUGGGCAAGGAAACGAUGUACCGAGACGCACUCAGCUCUCUCUACGGCGAUUUUCUCUUCCUUUGCCCGGACGUCAACACUGCUCGUGCCCACGUCAGGAAUGGAGCAUCUGUCUACAUGUACAGUUUUACCCACCGCUCCUCGAUCUCUCCCUACCCCCUUUGGUUGGGCUCGGUCCAUGGCGAGGAGUUACGGUUCGUGUUUGGUCUGCCCCUGGAUCCUGCCAAAGGCUUCAACGAGGAGGAAAAGGCGCUAACUCGAAGGAUGAUGCGGCACUGGGCAAACUUUGCCAAAACAGGAAAUCCAAACGACAACACAGAUGGAAUUUGGAGUGCCUUUAACGAGACUGCUGGAGGCUACAUGGUGCUGGACACGCUCGAUGCCAGGAUGUUGACCGGCCCGAGCACAGUGAACUGUGCUUUCUGGGACAACUACGUGAAACCACUCAGGAACAAGACAGAGGCUUUGAUGAAUAAUGCAGAAAUGCCCAGUCCAUGUGAUGUUAGUUCUGGAGUACCAGGAAACAACCACACAGGAAUACUGGCAACCAUCCUGGCAGUUUGCAUACUAGUCAUUUUACAGCUUACCACUAUGACGGAUUAGUCUGAGUUGUUUAACAUUUACAUAUAUGGUUGGCCCAUUGCAGGCUAUGCAUGUAAAUCAGUAACAGGUGAUCCGGAAAAUAUAUUAUUGAAAAAAAAAGGUAUACAAGGAACUAGGAACACAAGUAAAUGAUUUUGUGUAUGCAAAGGACAGUUAGGGCAAGUACAAGUAAAUUUAGUGUGUUAGUAAUUUACAUACACGCAUGUGUACAAGACAUAGACAUACAACACUGCAUACAAGAUAUACAUUACACAUGUACCUAAUGUUACAUGUAGACCAUGAUUUUAGUAGAAAAUGAAUAGAAUGUAAUUGUAAAGU